UCGAUGAAUGAAAAACUGAAAGACGAGUAAAAUUAACACCAAGAAAUUAGGAAAUUUCUAGGAACAGGGGAAAGUGAAAGAUGUAGGAAAUUAAAACAAUGAAAUUUCUGGGAAUUGAAGAGAGCAUUGGAUAUUAGUUCUAAACUACACCACACAAAUGAUUGAUUAUUUAUAUUACUAUCCACCCACAGCUUUUUGUUCACGCUUCUUUUAUAUACAGUCACACAAAGCCACUGAUUACUCAACACUUUAGGUUUGUCUUUGGCAAGUUAAAUGACUUCAACUAACAGCAUAAUCCAAAGCAAAAGCAGCAUGAUCACUUUGAGAGGGAAAUACGCUUAUGAUGUGUUUGUUAGCUUCAGAGGCGCAGACACGCGCUGCAAUGUCACCGAUCAUCUUUUUGCUGCCUUCAAAAGAAAAGGAAUUGUUUCAUUUAAGGAUGAUAAAAAUCUCAGGAAAGGUGAAUCCAUAGCACCUGAGCUCCGUCGUGCAAUUGAAGGAUCACGGAUUUUCAUAGUGGUUUUCUCAAAGAACUAUGCUUUCUCAACAUGGUGCUUGCAAGAACUGGAUCAGAUCCUUUAUUAUGCUCUAAUAUCUGGAAGACGUGUUCUUCCAAUUUUCUAUGAUGUUGAUCCAUCUGAGGUGAGACAUCAAAAAGGAAGAUAUGCUAAAGCCUUUGAAAAACAUGAAGAAAGGCUCAAGCAUGACUUAGAGGUGGUAAGAAGAUGGAGAACAGCUCUGACACGAGUGGCCAAUAUCACUGGCUGGGAUUUACGCCACAAGCGUCAAUAUGCUGAGAUUGAAAAGAUUGCUCAACAGAUAAGGGAUUCAUUUUGUCCCAAGUUUUCAAGCCUUCCAAAAGAUAUAGUGGGGAUGAUUUCUCCAAUAGAAGAACUAGAAAAUCGUUUAUUUUUGGAUUCGGCUAAUGAUGUUCAGGUUGUAGGAAUUUGCGGGAUGAGAGGAAUAGGGAAAUCAACUCUUGCAGCUGUUUUAUAUGACAGGAUCUUUCAUGAAUUUGAAGCAAGUUGUGUUAUCGAAGAUGUAAGCAAAAUUUAUAGAGUUGAUGGUGCAAUUGGUGCACAAAAGCAAAUUCUACGCCAAACUCUAAAGGAAGAACACCUUCGGGUAUGCAAUCCUUAUGAGGCAACUAUUUUGAUACGAAGUAGGAUGCUUCAUCUAAAGGCCCUAGUAAUUCUUGAUAAUGUUGAUCAAAUUGAACAACUGGAGAAAUUAGCCGUGAAUCGUGAAUGUUUUGCUGCUGGGAGUAGAAUCAUUAUAAUUACUAGAUAUGAGCACAUCUUGAAAGAGUAUGGAGUGGAUGGAGUUUACAAAGUUCCACUCUUGAAUCAAAUUGACUCUAUUCAAUUAUUAUUUUAUCAAAAAGCUUUCAGAUGUGCUGAUAUUACUAGUUAUUAUGAACAAUUGGCAUGUGACAUGCUUCAUUAUGCAAAUGGCCUACCUCUAGCAAUUAAAAUAUUGGGUUCAUUUUUGUUUACUCUACAUACCUCUGAAUGGAGAAAUGCAUUGGUUAGAUUGAGAGAAAGUCCGAACGAAAAUAUUAUAGAUGUCUUGCAAUCAAAGUAUCAAUAUCCACUACGACCAUCCAUGUAUCACUACAAUGGACGCUGUCGUGAUCAAACCAAAUGUACUACUGUGGAGGUUCACCCUAGGGGUGAUAAUCAUUACAUGGAGCAAAGGUACAUACAGGGUUAUCCUGUGCAACCUUCACGAUUGUCCUACGUGAACUCGUCUGAGCCCGAGUCUACUUUGUUCAUGUUCAAUGAUGAGAACGCUAAUUCUUGUUCCAUCAUGUGAUUUGUUUUAUUUUAUUAUAGAAGUUGAAUUGUCUAUUUGAGUGUAUACAGAUGUGUAACUAGUAAAUACAAAUAUUAUAUUUAUAGGAAUUAUAAUUAAAUAGUGACUCAAAUUCAUAUUCAUGAUUAAGUGCUGUAUAGUGAUUUUUGUGAGAUGGUAGAAUUUUGAUCUCCAAAUUUAUUAUAUUUAAGGGUCAUUGAAGCAA